AUGACCAACGACGCCUCGGCUCGCCUGGGGGCCGUGCCCCAGUACGAUGUCCAGAAGGAGGCGGUCGCCAUCGAGCAGGCCAACCCCGAGGUGCGGCGAGGAGCUGGCGCUGGCGCGGAGAACGGCGUGGUGGUCGCCGCGUACACGCCAGGGGAGGAUGCCGCGGGCGCCGACGCGCUCGAGGCCGCCGAGGGCGAGCCGGUGGAGAUCGUCGUGAGGGACGCGGGCGGCUGGGCGUUUUGCCGAGCGGGGGGGCGCGGCGUCACAGGGUGGCUGCCGUCGGCGCACGUGGCGGAGCUCGCGGCGCUGACCGCCGACCACGCGGGCGGCGCCGGCCCGCGGCCCGAGGGUCUGCUUGCGCAGCGGCAGGGCCAGGUGGUCGAAGUGGUGGCCCGCCACUACAGCGGCUGGACCUAUUGCCGGGAGUGGCAGGGUCCGCGAGCGGCAGCGGACGCGGCUGCCGAUCGCGGGGAGGGCUGGGUGGCGGACUCCUACCUCGAGGACCGCCGGAGCCCCGCCGCGCUGGCGUCGAAGUGGCACAGGCUGGUGCUGCAGGCGCUGGAGCAGGUCGUGGCCGAGGCGAGCGAACUCGAGCUCGCCCUGGCGGCGGCUGGCCACCCCACGGGCGCCGAGGACGGCGGCGAAGAAUGGCUGGCCGACUGCCUCGAGUUCGUCGCCUGGCUGGCUGGCGAGCUCCAGGGCAUCGCGGAGGCGGUGCAGCAGCAGAAGGCCCCGCGGAGCGGCGGGGAGCACGAGGAUGAGGAAUGGAAGGAGUUGGUGAGCCGCGACGGAGGCGGAGACGGCUCCUCGCGGGCGCCAGCCGCCGCGGGCGCCGCGGCCGCGGGCGCCGCGGGGCGAGAGGCGCCCCCAGCGACGGGGGCCGCCGCCCGGGAGACGCGCGCGCUGCCCGCGUGGGUGCGGUUGGGAGCGCCGUGCAAGUGGUGGUCCGCCACCGGGGGCCGCUUCUGCGACGCCAUCGUCGACAGGAUCGACGCGCAGAAGCAGGAGGUCCGGGUCGUCUUCGCGGCAGACAGGUCUUGCUGGAAGGUGGUCGGCUUCGGCCACUUCGAACUGCCCGAGGCCGAGAGGACGCUGUGCCCGCUCGUGGACAAGGAGCGCGAGCUGCGGGAGCAGCUGCCCGAGUGGGUGGCGGUCGGGAGCUCCGCCAGCUGGUGGUCCGUGGGCCAGGGCAGGCGCCCCGUAGAUCGCGCCGCUCGCAGGUGA